AGGGUACCGUGUGAAAUAUCCUACAAACAUUAGCUUAACCACCUUGUGCAUAUACAGAAUCAUGCCGAUAUACUCGUCCGAUUCCGACGACCACCCCGCGCCCUUGCGGAACCCGCUAGGCCGUCAGAGGCCUCUGCACAACAUCCUCGGCGGCGGAAAAGUCGCGGACGUACUAUUGUGGAAGAACGAGAAACUGUCGCUAGCAAUCUUGAUCGGGGUCACGGCGAUAUGGUUUCUCUUCGAGGUGGUGGAGUACCAUUUCGUCACCCUCCUCUGUCACCUCAUCCUGGCAUUGAUGACCUUCAUUUUCAUUUGGUCUAACUUGGCCGAUUUGAUCCAUAGGGACCCUCCCAAUGUAUAUAGCUUUCAGCUGUCGGAGGCCACGUCUCGAUACUUUUUUCGAAAGAUCGACAGACUACUCUCAAGAGUUUACGACAUUUCAGGUGGUAAAGAUUGGAGGCUGUUCUUCGGGGCAAUAGCAUUCCUGUGGAUGCUGUCGGUCCUUGGCAACUACUUAAGCUCAUUGAAUUUGUUAUAUUUUGCUUUCGUUUGCAUGGAGACUCUACCAGCUUUGUACGAGAGAUACGAGAACGAAGUGGAUUAUCUUGCUGGCAAAAGCAGCAGAGACGUGAAGAAACUGUACAAGAAAUUUGAUUCCAAAAUCCUCGACAAAAUUCCUAGGGGACCUACGAGAAAAACAAGAUUCGCAUGAAAAUGGCCCCGAAAAAAUCAGUUCACGGGAAAAUUAUCUUCGGAAAUUCCGUCCGGAAAGAUAUAUGUACAUAUCACUUUAGUCAUCACGACGAAUAAAUUGGAUUGGAACUUCGAUUCGAUUCAAUGUGAAUGUCGUUCUAACUUUAAUUUUUUUCGAUUUUUCUUGUGAUUGAGAGCCAGAAUAUACUAAAGUUGAUGGCUUUUUAAA